CAGAAGAAAGCUUUACAACGAAAAUGCGCAAAGCGACUAGAGAAAUACACAGUAUCAGCGAUUCUUUAGUCAAUGCUAAAUUGGCCUUCGGCAGACUUUAGGUAUGCAGGGAAGUAUACUUAAGGGAGGAAGCAGCUUGCUGAAGGAGAAGGCUUACAUUCACACACGGCGGUGCUUCAGAGAACUGGAGGGGUUCAGAGGAAAGCAGCUAGCCCUGUCCGACGAUGAUGUCUGGACGGAGGGGCUGCUAAUCUUCUACGAGAUUUUCAGAUAUCUGGAGCAGGCACUGGACAGGCACAGGAACAGCCCUCUGGCCCGGCUGGACUUGGAAGCGCUGAGGCGCACCGAGGCGUUUGAGAAGGACCUGAGCUUCUACCUGGGCAGCGACUGGAAGAGCAGCUAUGUGGUGGGCGACGCCGUGGCGGCGUACCUGCUUCACCUGAGGAAGGUGGAGUCCGCCGACCCCGUGAUGCUGUCGGCCUACGUCUACCACCUGUACAUGGGGCUGCUGUCCGGCGGGCAGGUCCUGGGACACAAGCGGCGGCUGCUGGCGAGGCUGCCGUUCGCCGGCGCGGCGCGGGAGGGCGGGGACGCCGUCACCAGCUUCGGGGACGCGCCCAUCCCCCGGCUCAAGUGCGAGAUGAAGGCCGCGAUGAACGCCCUCGCGGGAGACCUGGACGAGGCCGCCCGGCAGAUGCUCUUGGAGGAGAGCAAGACCGUAUUCGCCAGGAACAACGAGGUCAUACGAAGCGUGAAGGGCGGGACGCACGUCGUCUUGACGAAGAUGCUCAUACUCGUGAUACCGGUGUCCGUCGCGCUGAUGCUGUUCGCAUUACUUGUAUUCUACAAGAAGUGAUGCGCGCGGGAUGUCGAGAUGGGUCCGAGCGUAUCGUGGAUUCCAGGACUAAUUGUAUUCUUAUAUUAUAGAAGGAAAUAGUACAGUAAAACCUCGCACAACGAAAUCCUCGGUAUAACGAAGCAACUGAUAAGUCCUGCCAAAUCGCUAUGUAAUCCUAUGUAUUUAUACCUCUAAAUAACGAAGCAUUUUUUGGAUGCAACGCCAAAAACACCCGCUACAGCGAAGGUAAAACAGAAAAAUCUUCAAAAUGUUUCUGUAGGAUUGUCAUAAAUUUUCAAGUUUGCUUCGUAAAUAAAUUAUGCUUCGGCAAGUAAACAAUACUGCCGCCAUCUUACAACUGAUUGGCCAUAGAAGUAAGAGUUACGGACGUACUGAAACGCACUUUGACUACCAAUAUAAGCUAUCGUACUUUGAUUAAUCAAUCUUCCGAAACUGCCUAGAAAAUUAGAAAAUUUCAUCACAUGAACAAUUUACAUCAUUGUUCUGUGAAAAUGUGUGAUCGUUUAUUCGUGUUGUAAUGAAUGCCGAUAACCGAUACAGAUUCUGUGGAAGUGUUUCUUAAUUAAAAUCUGUAGGUUUAGAAAGUUGUUUUUGUUCCAUGUUGUAGGGGGAAAUAAAUUAUUUAACCAGU